UGGAUAUAACCGAAGAAUGAUUUUGAAAAUACUAGGAGCUUGGUGAGAUGUAUAGUAUUCACGCAUGAUACGCGGAGGUUUAUAUUUACAAUUUUUCACGUUAACAAAAGGUUUUAGUGCUCUUCCAAGAAAAUUAUUAAAAAUGGGACCUCUCGAAGGUGCUAAAAAGAUUGCGGCUUACAGAGCAGUCGAUGAAUAUGUCAAGAAUAAUAGCGUUAUUGGAAUUGGUAGCGGAUCUACUAUAAUAUACGCUAUCGACAGGCUAGUGGAACGCAUAAAAGAAGAAAAUCUUAAUAUUGUUUGUAUUCCAACCUCGUUUCAAGCACGACAGCUGAUAUUAAACAAUCAGCUUACAUUGGGUGAUUUAGAAACUUAUCCUAAAUUGGAUUGUGCUAUUGAUGGAGCAGAUGAAGUUGAUUCAGAAAUGAAUCUUAUCAAAGGUGGAGGAGGAUGUUUGCUCCAAGAGAAAAUUGUGGCAUCCUGUGCUAAUCAGUUUGUUAUUAUAGCUGAUUAUACAAAAAAUUCUCAAAAACUUGGAGAGCAAUAUAAGAAAGGCAUUCCUAUUGAAGUAAUUCCUAUGGCAUAUGUUGCCAUUCAAAGAAGAAUUGAAGACAAUUAUGGGGGAGAUGUAAAAAUUAGGAUGGCUUUAGCUAAGGCUGGUCCAGUUGUAACAGAUAAUGGUAAUUUUAUUCUUGACUGGAAUUUUCCACAAGAUCUGAAUAACUGGAAUACAAUUAAUACAGAAAUUAAAAUGAUGCCUGGAGUUGUUGAAACUGGACUUUUCAUAAAAAUGGCAAACAAAGCGUUCUUUGGUAUGCCUGAUGGCAGUGUAAAAGAACAAUCCUAAAGUGUUCCAAAUUGUUAGGAAUGUGUUUUAUGAUAUAGACAUUAUUGACUCAAAUCUAGUUUAUACAAACAGGACCAGAGGAUUUAAAUAAUCCUAAGUUACUUAGGAUUUUAUGUUGAAAGUGAUAAUAAUGCAUUUUCAUGUUCAUUUUUCAUCCAUUAUUCAUUGAGUGUUCAUAUAUAUUUAGAUGUAUGAAAUUUUGUAUCUAUCCGUUUUUACAAGUGGAUCUUAAAGGAGAUUGCGUUCCGUAGACUGAAACGUUUACUGUACUUGUUUCUAGAUAUUUAUAUCUUAAUUUGUGAAAAAACAAAAUACUUGAUGCACCUAUCUCAGUAUCAGGUUAUUGGUUUUUGUAAUGAAUCUGUUGUUUUAAGUGACUUAUAGAAAGUGCUCAAAUGAUUAUGUACACUAUACAUUAUUUGUAUAAAGAUAUAUGAAUUGUAAAACAACAAUGAACAUUAAAAUCGAAAUUUUUAUAAAAA